CGUGAUCGGUAUUUCGUAUAGUACGUUUCGCAGUGUUAAGAUAUUACGAAUUCGUAAGAAUGUGUGAAGAUUGUUGAAAAAAUUGUAUUUUUGACUGGAAUAACGAGACGUUGCCGCUUAUUUGGACACAUUGGACUUACUUUCACGUCUUUUGAGAAUUAUAAAGAUGAGAAUUAAAACAGCUCCGAGACACAGAAUAUUACAUGAUAAUAAUAAAAUUGCAUCUGCAACAAAAGAUGCAAAUGACAACACAAGUGCAAUACAAGAUUAUUCUAUAAAGAAAAAAGAUAAUAAGGACGUGCACCCGACAUAUGCAUCAUCUUCAAUGGUCUUCGUGCCGUCUACUAUCUCGAGUAAUGAGCUGACCUUGACUUCAUCCACUGACACGUUACCACCACUCGCCGACUACGACAACAAUAACGUGGAGGUCUUGAAUCUGUCAACAAAGGAUGGUUUGAAUCAAGUUGAUAAUACCACGACAGAUACUUCUAGCGAACCGGAGGACAAAUUGAAGGAUUCCUUUCUCUACAAGAUCAUGACCGAUCCAAACUUUCUGGAAAACAUACAGAGAAACAGACAACAACAAAAGAAAUUUGUCUGUCUCUUUUGCAAAAAGGAAUUUGUUACGUACGCGGAAUUGACGAGUCACAUGGAUGCGAAGAGAGACGACAGCAACCAGAUCGCUUGCUGCGCAUGUAAGAAAACUUUUUCCGAGAAGAGAUACUUGAAAUACCAUCGGAGAUGUCAUUCUGAGAGGACCAAGUUUACCUGUGAUAUUUGUACCAGGAAGUACACGAGAAUGGACAACUUGACGAGGCACAAUGUGCUACACGUGAACCCGGACAAGUUUUCCUGUACGAUCUGCAACAGGACCUUCACGCGCAAGGAUCUGCUGAAUAAGCAUCGGAAGAGCCAUGAGAAGUGUAAUCUUUACUGCGUGAAGUGCGGCAAGUAUUUCAGGAGCAUUGUCACACUCAAGAAUCAUCAGAGGAUGCAUGGCGAUAUAUUGAACACUUCGGUGAAUACGUGCGUUCCCAAGAUCGAGAUUUCAGUGUCUGCGGAAAAUGUAGUUCGCAAAGUUGAGAAUUCUGUUUCCGCUGAAAAUACGGUCCAUAAACCCGAUAAUGUAGCUUCGGUUGAGAUUUCAGUUCGCAAAUCUGAAUCUUAAAUAAUUACAUGUCAAUUUUUGACGUUUUGUAUUUUUUUUCUUUUUGAAAAUAGAAAAAUAUUAAAAUUAAAAACAAAUAAAAUUUAUACAUAACGUAUAAAUUUAAAAUAUAAAUUUUGGUUGAGAUGAUAAGAUUUGAUUCUGAGACUCUAAACUGAUAAAUUUUUGAAAUGAGAUACAGCAACAAUUAUAAGCACAAGUAGUAGUAGUUUUGUUGAAUUUAUUUCUAUAAAAGCUCUCAAACAAU